AUGUCUAAAGAUAGUACAAACAACUUGAUCUUCAGAAAUUUCUUAACAUCCGACUAUCCGUCCACCAAGGCGACAGCGUUUACGCCAGAUAUCAUCCCGCACUACGGGAACAGACUUAAACGGCAUCUGUUGAUCAAAGAAUAUCCCCAAUUUAUUAGUCUUCCUGUCCAACCAAAUGAAACAAACUACGUCUACAUUCGCGGAAAAUCAACCAGCGAUGUCGAACCGGGAGCUAAAACUGCAGUUGUUCUCCGUGCCGCACCAAGCGAGCUCAUUCUAUGGCCUCAAGUAUGGAACAAAGUGAAGCCAACUGGCCCUGGACCAUUGGUUGUCAAGUCUUCCGCUCCGGACGAAGUCGUCGCGUGUGUCACACCUUUCAGACUCAAGCCGCCCAAUAUGGGUGGUGUCAAUUAUGCCCUGAUUGCUACCCAGUCCCUACUCAACAUUCUUCCUCCUCCUCCAGAAGCACGUUUGAGGGACACGUUGCCGCAUCCUCCUGCAGAUGCAAAGAAUUGGAAGGAGUUCGCCGACUUCUUGAACAAUGACACUUCGACUGUUUAUUACAAUGUCGUUGUCGCUGAUCCCAAAGCCCCCAUUAUUAGUGUCUCUACACGUCUUCGGGUAUUCGACGACGGUACGGAGCCACUCAAGUUCCAUAUCGGCAUUGAGAACUCAAUAAUGCCAGAGGGUACAUUGUUCUCUUUAUCAUCUGCAACCGGUACUAUCUACAUGGUCAAGUCCCGGCUCGUUGACCAUGCUGGAAUCCACGUUGACUUGGAGCCUGGAUUUGACGACAUUAUCACACUCAACAUAUUUCCAGGGCCCAAAGAAAUCAUUGAUACAUUUGCCUGGGUCUCUCUCCAAAUCAGCAUUAUUCAACCCCCUUCAGAAAGUGCUAGGUCCAUCCCAGUUGAAAACACCCUUUUAUUGGGCGCUCUGAACGUUGUUUUCCAUGACGAAGCUACCACCAACUUUUGCCACGCAAGUCAUGCGUCUAACCAACUCAAGACAUAUUUCAACACGGCAAAUGCAGAAUCUACAGCUACAGCUACGGCCGCACAAGGGGAAUCUGUGACUACCCAGAAUGCCAGUCCAUCAUCAUUUGAUGCAACUGGAUGGUGGUUCCGUAAUAAUUUAGGUGAUACAAAGCACUUUCCACGACCCGCUGGCUUCCAGUGUGGUUCACCCGAUAUUCAACCUAUAGGAAUACGAAUUAGACCUGAUGUCCAGACAAUCCUGGGUGGGUCGAAUGCGGGUACAGAUUGGUCAGCCGCGAAUCAAAUCCAGCUUCAUCAGGGAGAACCCAACUUUAUUUACCUUCGCGGGAAUUGCACUACAGGCUCCGAUUAUACUGUUCAAGCGAGACUCUUCUGUAUUCCGAGCAAAGUGGCCCUUUCUCCGUAUCUUUAUCCGAACUAUCCAGUGCUCGACCCCGAAAGCCACGACAAACCCGUAGCCGCCUAUCGGACAAUCACAUCGACAUCUAACAAUAGCUUUAAUGUGCUAGACACACCUUUCGACAUUUUAAACCCACAACCUUUGGAGUAUGAGGAUCACCACUGUCUAGUUGCUGAGGUUCGCCAUAUUAGCGACAGUGUGCCUGACCCAGAUUGGCCACAUGAGGAUGUUUCGUCUUUCGACUCAGCCACUGCACUUGGAGAGUGGUUACGUUAUACUCCCACCGUUUGCUGGAGGAAUAUCGGUUUUAUUCCUGGCGGCGGUGCACAAGUUAUUUUGACCACUGGUGUUGAGAUCCCAGAUAAAUUUUCCCCCACCAAGCAGUGGGUAUUGGAAGCUGAGGCUCACAAUGCACCCAUUGGCUCUUCUUGGCUGCUACACACAAUACCGUUUCAGGGAUACCCAACACUCGAAAAACCUAUUGGCUUUGAGCUUUCAACAAUCACUAACCCCAAUAUGACUCAAGGAUGUGGUUUUAGUGGCCUCCCCCCAGGCGGUUAUAAAUUCUGGGCAAUUCUAGAAUGGUAUUCUAACAACACACAGCAUCCAGGUGACAUGAGCCUUCACUUACAUCUUCACUCGGCGACGUCUACUGCAGGACCAAACUUAAUCGAAACUGCCCAUAAGAUCCUUCCUAAAGAGGCAGAAAAUUGGCCGUGGUCUGUUGGCAUUCAUCAUCCGGGAGUGGAGAACAAAGGCGACCAAAAGAAGACACACAUCGGAUAUCUUGGCCCUCGUUACAAAAACGCUGGACUCAAUCCGAGCAUUUUGAUUGGACCCACUCCAAUCUACACUUAUGGCACGGAUACUUGGAUUUAG